CUGAAAGCUUCCCAUGUUGGUGAAACUGCUCGAGAUAUCUCACGCAUGCGGUUGAGUUUGUGUUGUGGAGAGAUCGAAGCGAACAGCAGAAGGGUCUGAGACAGCUGUCAGUGACGGAGAGCAUGAAGGAGAAGUCGAAGAACGCGGCGCGGACGCGGCGGGAGAAGGAGAACAGCGAGUUCUAUGAGCUGGCCAAACUGCUGCCUCUGCCCUCGGCCAUCACCUCACAGCUGGACAAAGCCUCCAUCAUCAGACUCACCACCAGCUACCUGAAGAUGAGGAUCGUCUUCCCAGAAGGUCUUGGGGAGUCUUGGGGCCAUGUGAGUCGAGCGAGUUCUCUGGACAUUGUGGGCCGAGAGUUAGGAUCACAUCUGCUUCAGACUUUGGAUGGCUUCAUUUUUGUGGUAGCUCCUGAUGGAAAAAUCAUGUACAUUUCUGAAACUGCAUCAGUGCAUUUAGGGUUGUCACAGGUAGAGCUGACGGGGAACAGCAUUUAUGAAUACAUCCACCCCGCAGACCACGACGAGAUGACCGCAGUCCUGACGGCUCACCAGCCGUAUCAUUCACACUUCGUCCACGAAUAUGAAAUGGAAAGGUCUUUUUUCCUGAGAAUGAAAUGCGUCCUUGCUAAAAGAAACGCUGGCUUGACGUGUGCUGGUUACAAGGUAAUUCACUGCAGCGGCUAUCUGAAGGUCCGUCAGUACAGCUUAGACAUGUCUCCGUUUGACGGCUGUUAUCAGAACGUGGGUCUGAUGGCUGUUGGUCACUCUCUCCCCCCCAGCGCAGUAACCGAGAUCAAGCUCCACAGCAAUAUGUUCAUGUUCAGAGCCAGCCUGGACAUGAAACUCAUUUUCCUGGACUCCAGGGUUGCGGAGCUCACUGGCUACGAGCCGCAAGACUUAAUAGAGAAGACACUUUAUCACCACGUCCACAGCUGUGACACUUUCCAUCUCCGCUGCGCGCACCACUUGUUGCUGGUAAAAGGACAAGUCACCACCAAAUACUACCGAUUCCUGGCUAAGCAGGGUGGGUGGGUGUGGGUACAGAGUUACGCUACUAUCGUACACAACAGCAGAUCGUCCAGACCACACUGCAUCGUCAGCGUCAACUACGUCCUCACGGACACGGAGUACAAAGGACUACAGUUGUCCUUAGAUCAGGUGACGUCCGCUAAACCCUCGUUCACCUACAACAGCCCCUCUAACCCCAUCAGUGAGAACAGAAGAGUUGGCAAAAGCAGAGUCUCCCGUACCAAGACCAAAACAAGACUCUCUCCAUAUUCACAGCCUUGGUGCAGAAUUUCAGCCACUACGAGCCAGUCCCACAAUGAGCUUUCCUUAGGACGUGCCAUGGAAAGUCGUCUGCAGUUGAGAAAGGCUCCUACAGAAAUACCUUUGGACUCUACAAACGGUCUGGCAAAGAGCCACGGCUCCUUGUUUCACAGUACCGACUUUUCCCAGUCAGCAUUGCAGAGUGUGGUGUGUCGGGGGCCGGCUCAGGUUAUAAGCCCCGCCCCUAGUCCUGUUCCUCUGUCCCGUCUCAGCAGCCCCAUCCCUGACAGACUGGGUAAAAGUAAAGACUUCCUGCAAAGCGAGCUCUCCUCUUCUCAGCAACACCAGCAGCCUCUGCCCCUGACGGGCACAUGUGCUGUCUCUCCGACUCCAGCGCUAUACCCCUCACACCCCCGCCAGUACCUGGAAAAACACACAGCCUACUCGCUCACCAGCUACGCACUAGAACAUCUGUACGAGGCAGACAGCUUUAGAGGAUACUCCCUGGGUUGCUCAGGUUCCUCCCAUUACGACAUGGCCACUCAUCUGCGCAUGCAGGCUGAACAAGCACCGGGCCAUAAAGGCACCUCCGUCAUUAUCACCAACGGCAGCUGAUGCUUAUCAAAUCACGAACCGCCACUCAGCGCUUCACCCUCUCACUCAAGCUAGCCUAGAAUUUUUGAUUUGAUUUGAUUUG